AUAUCUGAAUUAACAUAAGCAUUUUCGUAAUAAACAAAAAAAAAUUAAAAUCACGUCUUAUAUUUAAGAUAGUAAUUGUUUAACUCGGCACACUUCAAUUUAUCUACAACUGCUUCAUUCAUACCAUACCCUGUAUUUACGCUAUCGCCAUUCUGGAAGGUUUUUGAACUGUUAUUUACAGCUUACAUCUGGAUACUUUUCUAUCUUUUCCCCCAUAUGAGAUAGUCCUCCUUACCUGUACCCUCCAUAUUUAAUGCAUGUAUGUAGAUAAAUUUCGCAUGAUUUAUUUACCUUUUGUGUUACCAGGAUGUUACUUGUGUCUAAUAUGCUUAUUAUGUUUUUCUAUUUUGUUUGCUCAUAACUUCUGUCACACAUAGAUAUGAUGCUUGGUAUUCAAAAAAGAUUUGACUUUUCACAAUAGAAAUUCCCAACAAGGCACAAGUAAUGUUUAUUAUUUUUUUACUUCUAGAAGGUGUUAAGAAUCGUACCAAAAUAUUGAAACAAUCAACCAAAAAAUGUAAUCUCAAGUUUGAUAAAUAAUUAAUUAAUAGUAGUUUAAUAAUUUAGAUAUACAUCUAUGAACAUAAAUAACAUACAACUUAUACACAAAUGAAAUUAAAACAUACGUACUUCUAAUUAACGUAAAUAAAUUAAAGGAAUGCUUUAAAAUGUAUAUAUAAUUUGUUAAUUAGAUUUGUGACAGAGCUUAUGUCUUACUGAAUGUGAAUGAAUUUAAUAUUUCUGUGUAAUUUCAUACACCAUAAUGCACUUAUACAUUUUACAGUGUGGGAAACUUUUUGUUUUGUUGCGUUGGUCCUUCGGGUCGGAUUGUGCAUUUCUUUUUAAUUUUAGGCCAUAUUUUGAAGAAAAAGCUCGCAUAAAUGCAGCAUUGGAAGCUCAAAAGGCGCGGAUACAAACCUUAGAGGAACAGGUUGCGGAAGCAAAACAACAAUACUCUUCGGCGUUGAGGAACCUCGAAAGAAUAUCAGAUGAAAUUCACCGACACCGAUCCAGACGACAGUCCACUAGAAACGAUAUAGACCGUUCUACAAUAACGGACACAGCCAGUGAAUCAAAUAUUAGUGAGAAUCUGGAGGAGUUAUGCGAUCACAGCGCGGACGCGAGUGUUCGGGAAUGGUUGCGUCGAGCCGCAGACGCCCAGAGACCACGCUGUCUUCCCGAUGGAGACACCUGGACUGAGAUCGAUCUCGACUACUCCAGUCCUGAGGAGAUUAGCUUCGAAAAGUGUUCAUUGCGACCUCGCUCGACUCCUGACAAAACGCCAUCGCCGCCAAGCCCGAUGGAGUCCAAGGUGUCGGCGGCUUCACCGCGCCGUAUCAUCCGAGUUGCGGAGCGCAACUCACUUCGGAACGAAGAGAAACUGAGGAACGAACUGCGCGCGGAAUUUCAAAAUGCUAGGCGACAAAGUCUCGAUGUUCUGCUGCAUGACACCGGGGAACGGGUUAAGGAGAUGUUCCAAGGUAAGUACUGGACAUUGUUAUAUAGGUAAUUUAUUAAAAAAAAAUAGUAGAUAUUCUAAAGAAAAUAACUGCCUGAAUCUAUUCAUUCUAUUUAUCUGUUGUCGAUUUUUUCAAGAACGUGUAUUUUACCAAAUUGCGUGGAAGUUUUUAAGUGCUACAGCUAAUAUUUAUUGCAACGUGGCUAUUUCUUAUUAAAAUGCUAUCUUACUUCGAUUAUUUUUUAUCCGUCUCGAAGGACCAAAUUGAUGCACGAAUGCAUAGAGUGAACUUAUAACGAGCGUGAUAAGUGCGCUGUCUAAAAUAUAGUUUACAACGAUAAUAAGCAACCUAGAAAAUCAUUUUCUUUCUUUUUAUUGUUUACUAGCUGUUCCCCGCGACUUCGUCCGCGUGGAAUAUAUUACGAUAAAAUUUUAUGGGUUUUAAUAUUUUUGCACGGAACCCUUUUUCUUUUUUUUUAAAUAAAAGUAUCCUGAGUUACUCCGUAUAAUAUCAGCUAUCGCCAGUAAAAUUCCCGUCAAAAUGAGUCCAGCCAUUUCGGAGAUUAGCCGGAACAAUCAUGUUUGAUUGAAAAAAAUGUUUUGGUUGUUAUAAGUACCGUAUAUGCUUUUACAUGGAUUUAGUAAGUAAAAGUAAAAAACUGUUAUUUUGACAUUACAUACAGACAUUUCACUUUUAUUAAUUUGUAUAGAUGAGCCUUUUUUAUUCCACGGAAUAUGUAAAAAAAUAUUCAAAAAUAUUUAAAAGAGUGUGCUCCACAGCCAAGUCAUUGCAUUUGAGCAACAAAAUUAAUUUCUAAUAAAAUUAAAAUGACCUGGAGUAUAAUUAAUAGCGAAACUGGUAAGAUCAACUCUCGCAAUUCAAACUACCAGUUAAGUGUUAAUAACAAAUUAACUGAAUCUGAUCAGGACGUUGCAAUGGUUUUUGAGAAAUAUUUUACUGAUAUUCCGAUAUUAACCACUAAGUCACUGAAUUCUUCGCAUGCCGUCGCCGAAUCAUUACUUACACAAAAUGUAAAUGCGUGUAGAAAGAAUUUUACAUUUCAUAAAGUAUCAUCAAAAGAUAUUGUAAAAUAUUUUAAAACUAUUGAUGUUAAAAAAACUGCGGAUCUGUGGGGGAUUUCCGUUAAAGUUAUUGCAUCUAUAGAUACAAUCGUGCCUCAUUUAGCUAUUAUUUUUAAUACUAGUAUCGAAUCUGGUGUGUUUCCCGAUUUAAUGAAGUAUAGUAAAGUAAUACCUUUAUUUAAAUCUGGUAGUACAUUAGACCCCGCCAUUAGACCUAUUUCUGUACUACCAACACUUAGUAAUAUUUUUGAAAAAAUUAUUCUUGAUCAAAUGUUAAAUUUCUUUAAUAUAAAUAAUUUACUUCAUAAAAAUCAAUUUGGUUUCACAAGGGGUCGCUCGACAACUGAUGCCGGUGUUGAGCUGAUUAAAUAUAUCUUUAAUGCAUGGGAGAAUUCACAGGAUGGUUUGGGUAUAUUUUGUGACCUAUCCAAAGCCUUCGAUUGUGUUCACUAUGAAACAUUAUUCAGGAAACUUCAACACUACGGUGUAAGAAGUGAUGCUCUUAAAUUAAUUAUUUCAUAUUUAAGUAAGAGAAUGCAAAAAGUUGUCAUUAACAGUAUGAGUUCUCCGGGUCGAUGGUACAAAUGGGCGUGCUUCAAGGCUCAAUUCUCGGCCCCUUUCUGUUUCUUGUAUACACUAAUGACUUACCUUACAUAGUAGGAGACAACCAUGAUAUAAUAUUAUAUGCAGAUGACACUUCUUUAAUUUUCAAAUUAAGUCGACAAUUGCUAAAAUAUGACGAAGUAAAUAAUGCUAUAUCUAAAUUAGUAAACUGGUUCAAUGUUAAUAAUUUGCAUUUAAAUGGCACUAAAACGAAAUGUAUGAACUUAAUGACUCCAAAUGUCAAACAAUUAAAUACUAAUGUAAUUUUAAAUGGAGAGAAACUAAGUGUUGUAGAUCACUUUUCUUGGAAUCACACUAGACGCGAAGCUUCAUUGGAGCCCCCAUAUAUCAAAACUAGCAAGGAGACUUAGUUCUGCAGCAUAUGCCGUAAAAAGAUUAGAAGUCUUAACUAGUGUUGAAACAGCUAGACUAGUUUACUUUAGCUAUUUCCAUAGCAUAAUGUCGUAUGGUAUUUUGCUAUGGGGACACGCAGCUGACACUGAAAUUAUAUUUGUUUUACAGAAGAGGGCCAUAAGAGCAAUUUAUGAUUUAAAGUCUAAAGAGUCGCUGCGACAAAAAUUUAAGGAAACUAAUAUAUUAACUUUGGCCUCUCAAUACAUUUAUGAAAAUGUAAUGUACGUACACAAAAAUAAAAGUAGUUUUACAAAAAUAAGUGAUAUUCAUUCUGUAAAUACUAGGAACAGACACAAGCUAGUAGUACCAGUUACUCGACUCCAUGGAGUCAGUAAUUCAUUCUUGGGGCGAUGUAUACGCUUUUACAACAAAAUUCCAGAAAAUAUACAAAAGGAGACGGUCCAUUUCUGGCCCAGUCUAUGUACAAUAUAUCGUAAAAAAGAGAAAAAUUCUGGGAUUUUGUUAAAAAUAAAAUCAGAAAUUAAAUCAAACUAAAUAACUUGUAAGAAAAUAAAAAUACAAUCCCAAGUUUUUGAUGAUUUUACAAGAUGGUGCCCUUCC